AUGACUGCUACUAAGAAGAACGAAUCAGCCACAGUGUUUGUUCAUUCUGCACCAGUACCUCUCGAUGAGGACACGGACUCUGAUUUUAAUCCUGGUAAAAUCGCCCUUAAUGCACCGAAAAGGGGUAGAAAACAGAGAAGUCCAUCCAUGAGACAAGCUUCACCACCGCAUCGGAAAACGAACAGGAGAAAAGUCAUUGCGCGCGAUUCUGAGAAAAAGGAUGACCUCGGUCUGGAGUCAGCAUCUGAGAACGAAGACGAAGCAGACAACGAAGAGGAACCUGACGACGAAAUAGAAAGUGAUAAGGAGGUCCAAGAAGAUAAUUUGGAUCCAAUGGAGUUGCAGACACUUAGUUCUGUGAUGAAGCCCACUGCAUAUAAUCCUCAGAGUCGAGCAUCUCAGAGGGACAAAGACACGACUAAUUCUGUGGCAGAAUCAGAAACCGAAACUGAAACCGAUGCCGAAAUCGCGAGCUCAUCAAAUCCAUCUUCGAAACGUAAAUCGCCUGACCAUAUAGACGAGUGUGGCGCACCACCUAAGAAGAAAGUUAGAGCGGAAUACUCUCAAGACGAAUCAAUCACGGAAUCAGAAUCUGAUGUUGACCCCGUGUCAACACAUACGACUCGUCCUGCCCCUCAACAUCUGCAACCUAGUUUGAACAAACCAGAUCAGACGUCAUUUGACUCUGGAUCUGAGACUGAAUCAGAUAGUGAAGCUGAAGAAUUGGCGAACAAGUUCUUGCAGCCACGACCUGCAUUCCCUUUGAAACCGGAUCAACCUUCGCUAGGUCCGCUGAUCCUAGAUGACUCGCAUAAGGUCCCGGGACGAAUAAACACAUUCUUAAGAGAAUAUCAGCGCGACGGCAUCCGGUUCUUUUGGGAGAGAUAUAAAGAUGGGCGCGGGGGUGUCUUGGGUGACGACAUGGGUCUAAAAAGCGGCAAUGUUAACGACCUAAAUCGCCGGAGAAAGCAUGUUUCUCAGUUGCAGGACAGACCAGAAUGGCAGAACGAUCGCCUCUUACCUCCAGCUAACCAGACAUGGCCGACAUGCCUCAUCAUCGCACCGAGUUCUGUUGUAGGCAAUUGGGAAAGGGAGUUUGAGACGUGGGGCUACUUCGAGGUUGGCAUGUAUACAGGGCCCCCGAAAGAGCGCGCUGGCGUAUUGAAUGAUUUCAAGAUGGGUAGACUUGACGUUGUUUUGACGUCCUUCGAGACCGCUCGGAAGGAUAUAUCCCUUUUGGACGAUUUGGCAUGGACGUGCGUUAUUGUGGACGAGGUACACAGGGUCAAGAACCCGCGUGCAGCAGUUGCCAUGGCAUUCAACCAAUUUGCAUGCACAGUGCGAUUUGGUCUCACUGGUACAGCCAUACAAAACUCGUUUGCUGAGUUUUGGACUAUAUUGGACUGGACCAAUCCGGGAAGUGUGGGCACAAAACGGCAAUGGGAUGGCUAUGUUUCACGGCCCUUGACAAUUGGACAGAGCAAAUCUGCUGCCCACGAACAGCGCACGAAGGCCAUUCUAGUAGCACAGAUCCUCAAAGAGAAGUUGCUACCAAAAUUCUUCCUUCGAAGGACAAAGGACAUCAUCAAGAACCAGCUGCCUGGAAAGGACGAUCAAGUGGUCUUCUGUCCUUUGACGCCCAAACAAAUCGAGGUGUAUAAACGCAUCCUCGCAAUAGAAUCGGUCCAGAAUAUGAUCCGUAAGGAUGACCAAUUCGCAAAUCGUGUCGCUGUGGCUAAGCAUCCUCCACUAGCGCCCUCGGACUCUCCUGAGCAGACCGCGAGAAAUCGAGAAUUAUCUCGUGUGGCAUUCGGCAGCGAGACCAUUCCUAAAUACGGCCCCGCGAUGCUCGUGCCGAGGUUUUGUGGUAAAUGGAUGGUUCUGGAAUCCCUCCUCGCCGAUUGGAGCAAGGAUGCAUCAAACAAAGUCCUCAUUUUCACCAAAUCUGUGAAGCUGCUGGAAAUGCUUGAAUUCCAUCUGAGAUCACGAAAUCUGGGCUUCGUCAAACUGGAUGGCUCUACAAAAGCUCAAGAUCGCAUGCCUCUGAUCGACAAAUUCCACGAUGACCCUGACGUCUUCGUGUUUUUGAUCUCGACAAUGGCUGGGGGAACGGGCCUAAAUCUUACCGGCGCCAACAAAGUCGUAAUUCUCGACCCUGCUCAUGACUUGCAAGCUAUUGACCGCGCCUACCGUUUUGGCCAGACUCGUGAUGUCUCCGUCUUCCGACUGCUGGGGGCAGGGUCAAUCGAAGAACUUAUAUAUGCUCGUCAAGUUUACAAGCAACAGCAGAUGCAAGUGGGAUACAACGCGAGUUUCCAGACAAGGUAUUUCGAAGGUGUCCAAGGAGAGAAGACAAAACAAGGGGAACUAUUCGGAAUCAAAAAUAUAUUCACUUUGCACGAGGACACACUGGCGACAAAGCAGGCUGUCGAGCGGGCCAUUCUCUCAGACUUCAAUUGGGCUCUGGCGAAUAUGGACGCUAAGAAGAGGAGAUCAGAUGGUAAGGCGACGCGAGAGUCAGAAGUUGCCCACAAGGACAGCGACAACAUGAACGGCCUAGAUUCCCUCCUCUUCGACGACAGUAUACCGAAGGUCGAGCACAAGGUCAAUGACAUCCAGAAAGUACUAAACGACAUUGGAGUGCGGUAUACUCAUCGGAACGAGGAUCUUAUCGCCGAGAGUGCAAUAGAGGGAAAAAAAUUCCAAACAACCAUGGAGGUGAAAAAGCGAGAAAAGAAGGAACGCAAGAGGAAGAUGGCUCAAGACGACCAAGCUGCGAAGCAGCCGAUCGAACCAUGGCCUCCUGUGAGGCGACGCCACCAGCCCAAACUAACUGCGGAGGAGAGGUUGAAAGCAAGGCAGACGUCUAUGGUUGAAUUGGGACAUAUCGCUGGUCCCCAACAGCUACAAUCAUUCCUGGAGUCAAAAUUCAUGAAAUGGACGAUCGAAAAGCAACAACAAUUCAUGGCGGAACUAGACGCACAUCAUGCAACAAGGAAUCGUACCAAGCCGACAUGA